AUGGCUCAAGCCAAAAGGAGCUUUCAAGGAAAAAUAAGCAAAACCAUUAUUGUAAAAAUGAAGGUUCGGAUGGAAAACGGCCUCAAGACAUGCCAAAAAGACUCCAAGUGCCGAGAAGACAACCAUCAAAUAUUUGACAACGUAGCGAUUACAAACUUUGCUCGUGCGGCUGGAGGUAUAGAAAUCUGGAUGGGACUUUCGAUUUUUGGCAAUUCCGUAGUAAAUGGUUAUUUUGAUGACGCGUCAGGCAUCACUGCUUACUUCAACAACUAUGUACCCGGUUAUCCAUCGAUUUCAUCUGGUUUUUGUGCAACGAUGUUGGUUGCUGAUAACUUUGGAGCAAAUCAGGGGAAAUGGAGAAAUGCUAAUUGCAAUCAUCAGAACAAUCCAGCAAUCAAAAGUUUUACAUAUGUUUGUGAAGUUCCGCCGACCUACUCGGCAUCAUCCUGUGAAAUCAACUACGGUGGAAACUGCUACUGGAGGUCUAAAACCUUAGUAAAUGGAGCAUUGAUGAACUUUGUCGAUGCGACGACAGUAUGUGCUCAACGCGGAGCAAAACUGGCAUCGAUUCAUUCGAAAAUUGAGGUGGACUUCAUAAAGCAGCAGUAUAAAGGGACAAAUGUGAAAGCUAUUAUGCUAGGUGCACAGGCGGUGUCAAAUACAACAAGCUUCUCCAAAGUGUCGCCCCUGUCGAUUUGCAAAAUGCAAAGAGCUGGGAAUGAAGAGAAACUUGGAUUCUGA